GAGUGGUUUGCGUUGUUUUUUUGUGUGCUUUUCCCAACCCCGUCAAGCCGCGCCGUCAGGCCCCUUUGGAAAUCGUGACCUCGUUGAGCCAGGCACUCCGAACUUUUGAGCUUGCGCCUCGAGCUCCACGUUCCGCCCGGGCCCUCGCCGCGUUCCAUUGUCAUGGCCAAGAGGUCCCGUGCAGGUUAUUGUCAUUUGAUCUUUGUCACCAAUCUGUCAGCCUCCUUGAUCUUUGACCCAGUGAGGCCCUGACGGUCCGUCCCGAGGGUCCCUGGGGUCCCUAGGGUCCCUGGGGUCCCUGGGGUCCCUGGGUCCCUGGGCACGCGUGCGUCCGCUGCAGGUGCCAUGAAACAACGUCCUUCCAUCAAGACGUCUCGAUGUGGGUCAGCCAGUCUGACGGAUGGACGCUGCGAAGCCUUGCAAGGCUUGGCCCGACCGACCUUCAGGCCGCGAGUGAAAAGGAGGAGAAGCAUCCAAACCCGUGCGUUGGUGUUGCCAAAGAAGCCAGUCAAUCUUGUGUUUGCUCUGGAAACUUGGCUUGAGGGUACUCAUCAACACUGACACAACAACAGCUCGCAAUGGUUGCCCGAUGGGUCUAGUGCCAGUGCUUGAGGAAUCGCAGGCCGCUCAAGCGCUUUUCGAAUAGCCAUGGCGAUGAUGCGGACCAGGACCAAAAGCCGAGGUAUGUGCCUCUGCCUUCUCGGGAUUGCAUUGGCGCUGCUCGUGCAGCCGAGCACGGAGUCCCUUGUCGCCGCCGCUCGAGGAGUUCCUGGGCUGAAGGAGCAUGUGGCAAAACGGCACCCGUUGCAUGCCGGAGUCGCUCGGCGCGCCGGGGCUGCGCAAGAGGACAACAGUGGCCAGGACCGGCGCGAUCUCGAGGAGGUGGUCGCAGAAGCCGACAGGGUGCUGGAGGACAACGGCACGGUGAAAGAGACCAAAGCCGUCUUGCGCCGCUGGAGCAGCACGUGGGUCGGGGUUGCAAGAGCGGUGAAAGUGUUGAGCUCAGGAAAAGCGCAGAAGAUUUAUCCAGGGAAGUGGACCCUUUCAGGGCUGAAAGACGAGUUGCAACAAAAACUGCGCGAGUUUGUGGAGGAGGCCAAAGCAGCCUCAAAGGGCUUGAAAGAGGACCUGCUCCUGGCGCGACAGCAGCAAGCGAGCGCCCAGCGGCAGGUUGAGACUGCCCAGCAGCAGGUGGAGAUGGUGAUGAAGAGUCUGGUUAAAGCCGCCAAGGAGUCCAAGGUUGAGCUCCCUCGUUUUAACGCCGCAGAUCUCUCGGACUUGGAAGACCGCUUUUUGAACCGCCGAAUCAACAACCAGGUUGACAGGCCUUUUGAGGAAAGAGAGGCGGUUGUUGAGAGUGUUGUGGAGCAAAUGGAGGAGAUCCAAAGGAAACGGACCAACAAGCCGACGGUCUUGGCCUUGUGGAGCCCGCGGGGCACCGGCAAGACAUCGCUCAUUCGUCAUUUGGCGAAGGUCUCAAACUUUUCCGAAAGUCGACGGUGCGGGCGGCUCUUGGUAUUUGAUGCGCAAGAAAUUUCAGAGUUAGCGUUGCAGGAAGAUGCCGGUUGGAUUGCUUCUGCCAUCGUCGUGUGGCACCUGUCACAGUUGUUGCACGGGUACAGCAUUGAAGUGAGUGGGCUCGUGGUGAGUUUUCAGCGCAUGGAGUUCAUUGCAGUGCUGAAGGCCGUCAAGCGUGCAUCGACACCAAAUGAGGGACGCAGCAGCUUUGAAGUUUGGCUUCGCUCAUUUUGUCAAGAAAGGAAGGAUGUCUUCGAGCAGUGGCUUCUGGUGACGGCUGCAGCCUUCAAUGCAACACCAGCCUGCCCUUGCUUACUGUUCCUCGAUCAGGCAGAGCUGCUUGAGGUCGAUGAACUGAGCCAACAUCGUGGACAGAAAUCGGUCUUCACCCAAAUAUUGAGCCGAUUCCCGCAGAGGCUUGGCAUGUUUUCCGCAGGCACAGUCAAUAUCCUGCAAGAUAGGCCAUCCGACGAGUACACCAUGCUGAAGGUCCAGAAAGCUCCAGCUCUAGAGCCAUUGUCACUGCAAGCUGCCAGACGAGCCAUGAAAGGCUGGAGGGGUACGCAGUACCAGGAGGAGGAAUUCAACAAAAUUUACCUCUUCUCUGCCGGGGUACCCCGGCUUUUGGAGGCGGCUUUCCAGACCAGGGUUGAGUUGGCAUCAACUGCUCAGGUUGCACUCAACGCCAUGUCGAAUGAGUUCGAAAGCUCGUACGCGGAUGCAGCGCCUUAUUUCGCUGAGCCCAAAGUGGCUUUGUCGUUGGUUCUUUGCUCGGCGGUUCGAUGGCCUGCAGAAGGCAACCAGUUUGUGCCCGGAACCUCACUAAGGUGGUCAGACAUCUUCAGGGCAGCAGCAGCGUUUCCAAAGAACAAGUCCGUGCUGGUUCCACGGCUGUGGUGGUGUAAGGAUACCAAUGUCAAAGACGCCCUCCAAAACGACUUGAAACAGCGGAACAUUUCGUUGGAAGGGCUCCUGCCAGAUUUGCUGAAUCUCUUGAUAGGGCAGAAAAGGGGCGCCACUGAAAGGGGGCGCCCUUGGCAAGAGCUGGUGGCCAAUUCCCUGGCUGCGCGCUUCCACCUUCACUGCAUAGCAAGAAAUCUGAGUGCUAACGUCACCUGGAUCCCGUUUUUGGAGAUCUACCCUACGGAGGAUCUGCACUUGCGAGCUGUUUUGGAGCCGUUCGAAGUUUGCUGGAGUGAUGGUGUGGAAUACCCGACGGACAAUGAAGCUAGUGUCAAAAGCAAGGUCGGGAAGGCCAUCAAGUCCAACCGGAAUAUCAAGAAUGCUCACCACGACCUUUUGAUCCCUGUCAAGCGGAAGGCGACUCCUAUGCUCGAAUUCAUUGCAGUGCAAUGCUGCUAUGGGUUGCUGAAGAACGCAAGUCAGCUGUCCAAAUCAUGCCAGGACAAGACUAGGAAGCCUCGGAAGGGCAGGAAGGGAGCGCAGGGCAGGAAGCCUCAAAAGGAGGAGCACAGAGACGACCUUGCAGACAUGGCAAAUGCGUUGCUCCAGAUUUGCAGCACAUGUGAAGACGGCAGACAAAAUUUUCAGGACGGCUCUUCCUGGGCCAAACGCCAACAGGAGAAGAGAUACUCUCUCAUGAGUUGUAGGUGUAUAAUCUCAGAGAUGGACGUGUUGCAGCUGCUGUGAGUGCAAAAGCGCGCAAGAGAGAGC